AUGCGGCUUUUUAUCCACCUACCGUUUUAUGCCUUCUACGUUGCUAGUAUCGUGCUUCCGUUGCUCGAAGACAUUGGCGUCAAAUCUCCUCUCAAAAAUAUUGGACUUGACCAACAGAACAACAUUGAGUUACCAGGGACAGAUGUGCAUUCAGGACUUGCACCUUUAUUUGUACUGAAAAAUUCGAUUCAAGGAAAGUUUAUCGUUGUGCUAAAUGAUGGGAUCUCCGACGAUGAUUAUUCGUCUCAUACCGCCUGGAUCAAAGAAAUCACUGGUCUAGUGCAAGAAGAGAGCGUUAAUGAAGUCAAAUCAUUCAAAAACUUAAACUUUGCUGGAUACAUUGGCUAUUUUAGUGAGGAGUACGUUGAGCAAGAUGGGCAAUUUGAAUUUCAAGAGACGAAAGCUCAGGAAAACGCAACCUGGGAUCUUUCAAGAAUUUCAUCCCGUAAAAGAGUACCUGGACUGAGUUCAUACAUUCACGAUCCAAAAGGCGGUGAGGGAGUCACUGCGUACUUGAUAGAUAGUGGGCUCAAACUUGACGAAGAUUUUGAAGGUCGGGCUUCACAUGGCAAGGCUAUAUCGUUCCCUCCUACCUCUGAGGAUUUGUUAGGACAUGGUACACAUGUCGGUGGUAUCAUUGGCUCCAAAACUUGGGGAGUAGCCAAGCAAGUCCAUAUUGUAUCAGUGUCGGUGGCCAACUUCUAUGGUGGGGUUUUUGAGUCCGAUUUAAUUAGAGCCGUAAGGCAGGCACCUAAGGGAUUCAAAGGCUCUACUAUCAAUUUUUCUAUCGCAGGUUACGCAUCGAGCGCUGUGGACGAUGCCGUUAAUGCUGCUUCCAAUGCUGGGUUGCACGUUGUGAUUGGUGCUGGAAACAAUGAUGACGAUGCUUGCAAGACCUCGCCUGCAAGAGCUAGCAAGCCCAUAACAGUUGGUGCGAUUGAUGGCAAAGACGUGAAAGCCAGCUUUUCAAACUUUGGUGAGUGCGUUGACAUUUACGCUCCAGGUUAUAACAUCGAGUCCGAUGGUCUCAUUUCGAGUCCCUUCAAGAUGUCAGGAACUUCUAUGGCCACGCCACAUGUCACUGGUCUAGUUUCGUACUUCCUCUCUUUGCAGCCAGGCAUAAACUCUGAGUUUUUCAGCUCUCUUGCCGAGCCUUCGGAGGUGAAGAAAAGGAUUCUUGAAUUUGCUACAAAUGGUACAAUUACGAAGUUACCACAAGGAUCCAAUAAUCUUCUUGCUUUCAACGCUACUUACAACCACGUCUUCAUGACAGCUCAAGCCAUUGAGGACUUUGAGGCCUUUCUAGAGGACAAUUUUGAGCCUACAAAGUUCGCCUCCUCACUACUACUAGCUACCAAUGUUGCCGACGACUCAGAGCUUGAUUUGGCGACACCAAUCAAAAAGCUACAGUUUGAUGCCAACGAGUGUGAAUCUAGAAUGGAGCAGAUAGCACGCACACAUACCGAGGAGCUCGUUGCCAGCUUCACGAAGAUAGAACUGACGAAAAACGUCAUGGAGCUGUCGGUGACACCGCUGGUGGAGAGAGUUAAGAAGCUGUAUGCUCGAAUUCAGCGUGAGAUCGUCGAUCCAUACAAAGAAGCCAGUCAGCUCAACGAAGCGCUUCAGAGGAUUCACACCACAUCAACGCUUCUUCGAGGGGCCAGUUUCCUCAUUAUGUUCAUCCAACAACUACAAGACUGCGAGGCCGCAGGGUCUGAUUCUGUGAGAAUGGCCAAACUCUAUAGUUUGAUGAGCCGGUUCUACAAGGGGCGCUUGCUCCUGAACCUGCCAGAUUUUGGCGAUGUUUUUUCAUUGAAGUUUGUGAAGGAGUACAGGACCAUAUUCCAGGCUCGCUCGACUGAGUUCUUGAGCUCACUCUCUGAAAAGAUCUCCAACGACAUAGCACACCAUAACUCAUUCAAGGAGUCAAACGACUCUUUGCGAAGCAAUAUCAUGGCCUUGCAUAUUUUGGACAGUGCAGAGCUUUUCCAGGUAUUGGAUAAGGGUGCCCUUUCGAAAUCAGUUCAAAUUGCAUCCACACAGCUUUCCAGAGCAUUGCAAUCUCCACGUAGCUUUGGCGCUGCUUUGGAGGAUACGAAACGAUUUGCUCUGCAGUUCACCACCACACUCGAGUCUUUACUUCGUGCUUGUGUGUCAGAGGAUCAUCUGUUAUACACUGAGUUUAUCGAACAUCUUCAGGCUUCCUCGCUCAAAACCGUGUAUUGGGAAAGGCUUGUAUCAAAAUUCAAAAGAAACAUUGCCACGACAAUGGCGAGAGGAGGUCCAAUCGCCAAAUCACUCGUUACCAACUACCCCAAUAUGGCGAAUGCUGUGAAGAAGAUUUUUGAUGACGAGACAGCACGCCUUUUGCUAGACGCUAUUGUCAUCAUCGACAACGCUCCUAAAUAG